AUGCUCUCAAAUCUUCUUCUUCUUUUGGCUCUUACGACUGGAGUGACUUCUCAGUAUCUGGUAAGUUGAGUCAGUGUCGCUCUAUCGCGAUUCCACGUGAAAUCUCAGCCACGGCCGCCAGCUUUUCCCAUUGAAACGUGUUACGUCGUUCUAGACGUAUGAUAAUUUGUAGGAUAAUGCUAAGUAUAUGCUAAGUCUACCUGUGAUUACGGCUUGGGUACUCCCCGGAAUAAACAGUCGUUUCCGCACAACCCAAAAACGUAACAAAACGAUUCCAGGAAAGCUUUAAGUUCCGUUUCCCAACUGAUGAGGAUUGUGGAAAGGGAACUGGAAAGCGCUCGGUCUUGGAUAACAAAAAGGUUCGAUCCUACAACGAAUUGGACGACGGGGAAGUUGCCAUCUGUUCUCUCGGUUGUGAAUUCGACGGGCUCGGUGGAGUGGAGCAUCAAGAACGGGAAAAUCUGAUGGACUUCGAGUUGCCAAUCGAAUCGGAUACGGAUGAAAUCGCAAAGCGAUUCAUGGAAAAUCUUCCUAAUGUGAGGGUAGAUACUGAUCAGUUUCAAGUUAGUUUCAAGGAAUCUUUACAGUUUACGCCAACUGAAAUGGCUGAGGAGGACCAAGAAGAAGUGAUUGUGAUGAACAGCGGUUUGGAGGACAUCAAGGAGCUUUCGGUAUCCAAAAUGAUGACCCCAUUGGUGUCGAUGAUCGGAGUGGGAAUGAUCAGAAGGAAGGCCAAUGAUAUCAUUGUUUGA